UUUUUCUAACUUUUAUUUUUUAUAAUAUUAUGUUUUCAUUGUUUAUACCUUUAUAAAUGACAAUAUCUUUUACACAGUGAGAGUGGAGUCCCAUGGAGCGGAUUAUGCGGAACGAGCGGAUAACCAAUCACACGAAUCAUUCUGAAUCUAGAACUCUUUCAAAGAUUCCGUCGAAACGGUCCUGUGAUUGGUGAUCCAUUCAUUCCGCUUCCGCAUAAUUCGCUCCAUGGGACUUCACCCUAACACACCACUGUUUAUGUUUACGACGCCAUGUUUUGUCGAACUAGAAAUGAUGUCCAGACUCUUAUUAUAGGGAUUCUGGUAUCGGCAUGUUUUACACAGUCAGGUGAGAAUCUUCAAAAUUUUCAGAAAUCGUAAGUUACGAGAGCAUCAGAGACAAAAAUAACAAAACAAUUAUGUGCACAUGGUGCACAGCCACGAAUUCUAGAUGUUUAAUUACAGAUGAUAAAGACGAUAGAUCACUAUCGUGUCUUGAUAUUGUAAUUGAGUAAUAAAUCUUAAUUCUUCUGAAAUAAUAGUCAAGCACAAGAUGGUAAGAGCUUGUUGUGUAAACACGUGUAAGUCGGGAAACAAUGUGCCAAGCCAUGCAUUCCCGAAAGAUAAAGGACGGUGCAGAAAAUGGUUGGUUAAUUUGUGCCUCACCAAUGUAGAGGAUGAAAAAGAAAUUAAAAAAUUAAGAGUUUGUCAUAAACAUUUUAAAGAAGAUGAUUACAGUGGAUCUGCAACCAGACGUGUCUUGAUACAUUCAGCAAUCCCAUCCACAAAUAUCGCACAAGAAAAUGUGGAAAUGAUUGAGGCAAAUAUUACAAAAGAGACAUCGUUAAUAGAUGCACCAUGUAAACAAGAAAAUGUGGGAAUGUUUGAGGCAAAUAUCACAAAAGAGACAUUGUUAAUAGAUGCACCAUGUAAACAAGAAAAUACAAAUCAACAUCAAGAAAUAUCGCUGACAGAGAUUCAAACUACAUGGCAGAAACAAAUUCAAGAAGUGUUACAUAGACAUGACGUAAAAUUACAGCAACAACAAGAAGAAAUUGAAACUCUCAGAAAAACAUUAUACGUGCCAAGGAACCAAAUACGACCUGAUCUAAAAGAAGUUACCAGGAAAAACAGAUUAAGUUUUAAAUCUAAAAGACUUUAUAAAGCUAGACGUUAUACAAUAGAAGAGAAAAUGUUCUGCAUAGGUAUUUACCGUAGAUUACGUUGUUCAUAUAAAUAUCUUUCAAAAUAUCUUCUAUGUCCUUCCGUGACCACUUUAGACAAACAAAUGGAAAAUAUCACUUUUGAUACUGGGUGCAACAAUAUCAUAUAUAAAUAUUUAAAAUUAGUUGCAAAAGAAAUAGAUCCUAAAGAUUUAAAUAUUAUUUUAAUAUGGGAUGAAAUGUUGUUACAACCUUCUAUUGCCUAUGACAAGAAGAAAGACAAAAUAAUUGGAUUUGAGGAUUGGGGAAUGCAGAGGACAAGAAAAUUUGCAGAUCAUGCAAUCUUGUUCUAUAUUCGAUGCCUUUCAUCUGGUAAUCGUAUGCCUCUUGGAUAUGGCUUUUGUAAUAGUACAACUCGUACUACACAACUGGUGAGAUGUGUCAAACAAUGGAUUACAUUUCUUGUAAAAUGUGGAUUUAAACCUGUGACGACUGUAUGUGAUCAGGGAGGAUCGAAUACUGCAGCAAUAAAAACAUUAAUUAAAGAAACAAAUGAAAUGCGACAGAAGCAGCAUAAGAAGUUGAAAAAUACAUUUAUUGUGAAAAACCAGGAAGUAAUUCCAUUGUACGACUACGUACACUUACAAAAAGGAAUUCGUAAUAAUUUACUUAAUAAUGAUAUAGUAAUGAAUAAAACUGUGAAGAGCUCGGAAAAACGUUUUGCAACUUGGAAAGAUAUUGUGAUUGUUUAUGAAAUGGAUAAAAAUUCUUUCUUAAGGCAACGGCAAAUGCCAAAAUUAACUGACAGACAUAUUUUUCCACAUCUUAUUCCAAAAACGAAAGUUAAAUAUGCUACACAAGCCAUAAGUCACACUGUUGCCAAUUUUAUUGAUGUAGUGCUUACAUUGAAUAAAGGUAGUAUAAAUACAACCAAAGGAAAUAUGCACUUGCCAGCUAAUGCUGAGGCAACAUCGGAAUGUAUUUUAUUUUUUGACAAUUUAUUUGAUUCGUUCAACGCUAAAAAAGGAAAAGAAAAUUGCAGUAUCAUUACCAAAUCAAGUAAUCACAUUUUAUUUUGGCACAAUUCUAUAGAUAUGCUUCGUAAAAUGGACUUUAUUGAAAGUGACUCCCACAAGUACAUUCAUCAGAAUGCAAAAUGUUUAUCAAAUUGGAUUUGGACAAUUCGUAGUGCACAACGCUUGUGGAACACGCUGCAGAAAUCAGGAUUUACCUCGCUCAAUUUAAAGUUUCUAAAUCAAGAUCCAAUAGAAAAUUGUUUCAGCCAAAUUAGGGAUCACAUAAAUAACAACCCAACACCUUACCAAUUUUGUGCUUUGUUUAAAACUCUUAUUACAACCAAUUUUACAUCAAAACAUUCCAUUUCGUCUAACUGCAAAGAAGAAUACGAAGGUAAACCAAUGUCAUUGGAAAAAAUAAUUUCCAAAGCUGAAAAUAUGGAAUUAAUUAAAAAUGAAGAACCAGAACGUGCAGAAAUGCCCAUACCAGAAGUAUUGAAUAUAUUUAUUAAUGUGGAAGAACUGAUAAGUAUUUUGACUGAUAAAAUUAAAUGUGAAAACUGUGCUAAAUGCCUUCAAAAUGAAGAAACUGUAAGAAUUAUGCAGUAUGCAUUACAAAAUACAGAAUUAAAAUUUUUGAGCUUUUGUCACGAGGUAAAUAUAAAAGUAAAAGUAAAAAGUAUUUUGUAUUUGGAAGCAUUUACAAAAAUAUCUAUACAUUGUGCCACACACGAGGACUUUUUAAUAGAGAAAACUGCCCAACAUUUUAUUAUUCAAUGGUGUAAAUACGUAAACAAGUUAUUAAAGGGAACAUUAGAAGAUAAUUAUUCUGACAAUUAUAUGUACAACGAAGCAAGAAGAAUGUCAAUGAGAUUUCAAAAACAUAAAUUAAAACAGAAGUAAACAUUCCAAUUAAAUAUACAUUAAAAGGAAUUGGAUUAUUUAUAAUGUAAGUAUUUCUAUAAGAGAAAGGCUACUCUAUGGUGAUACUUCCGAAUGAUAUAGUUUAUUGCAUUUGUUUCAGAACGGAGCAAUUUUCGUUCAGUAUAUCGCUAGUGGACAGAAAGCCAAUUUUGUCAUUGUCUUUCCUAAAGCACGGCAUAGUAAAAAAUGUAGCAAAAGCAUCAUCUUCUAAUCAAACUAAGGAUGCGAGGACAAUUCAAUUAGUCCUUCAUCUUUUACAUUCGAAAUCCGUGGAAAUCUGAAUUGAAAAACUUUUUUUACAAUCACACACUUUUCUUUCUUCUUUUCUUUUUUCCCCUUCAUUUUUAAAUUACUGUUGAUAAGAUAGAAUUUUACUCUUCCUACAAAACCAGAACAAUAACACUGUGUCUCUGCUUCACAACUAUCGGGAGUGAUGAUUCGGUUACAUAUGAAUGUAUUAUCUUGAAAUACUUUAUCAUAAUCUAAGAAAGCCACUUGUGUUCCUUUUCAUGUGUAAUAACAUCAUUAAUAUAAGAUAUAUUAGAAUUUUUAAAUAAAAGUUCUAUUGGUUCUUAA